AUGGUCCCAAAGGAUGAAACUCAGCCCGUGGGGAUUGUCAAGUUGCUCCUGCAUUUUGGCUGGACGUGGAUCGGUCUCAUUGCUCCAGACAGUGACACAGGAGAAAGGUUCUUGAGUGUCUUGACACCUUUGAUGAUCGACAGUGGGAUUUGUGUUGCCUUCUCAGAAAGAAUACCAGAAAAGAACCUGUACCAAGCGCCCAUCCCGAGUAAACCGUUUCUCAUGUGUAAAGAAGUCAACGAGAUCAACCGGGAUCUCAAGCUCUUACCCAACAUCACCCUGGGAUACAACAUCUAUGAGAACAAUUUAGAUGCAAGGAUGACUUCUGAUGCCAUGAUAGACCUCCUUGCAGGCGGAGGAAGCAAUAUUCCAAACUAUAACUGUGGAAAUCAGAAUAGGCUGCUGGCUGUUCUUGAAGAGGCUGAUUCUGUGAUCUCAAAGGAGAUUUCAACCGUAUCAGACAUAUACAAAGUCCCACAGCUUCACCCUUUCUUAAGAGACAUCCAGUUUUCUAAUACUUCAAUCAGCGGGCUGCAUUUUGAUGAGAACGGGAAGCUGCCAUCCAACUAUGAUAUUGAGAACUGGGUGUUGUUUCCCAAUGCGUCUCGUUGCAGGGUGAAAAUUGCGAGCACAGAGAGAGAGGCAUCCACUGACAUCAAGUUCACCAUUAACCCUGAAGCCAUUGUGUGGCCUGAGUGGUUUAACAAGACUGUGCCUCGUUCCAGGUGUACUGAAAGCUGUCGCCCUGGUUACCGGAAGGUGGCUAAGGAAGGAGAGCUGGUUUGCUGCUAUGCUUGUGCUCCGUGUGCGGAAGGGACCAUCUCCAUUCAGGAAGAUGCAGACCAAUGCAGCAAAUGUCCAGAAGACCAGCAUCCAAACAGAGCUCAAAAUCAAUGUGUACCCAAGAUUAUCAGCUUCCUGGCCUAUGAAGAAUCUUUGGGGAUCCUCCUGGUUUCCUUGACCUUGUUCUUAUCUUUAAUCACAGGCUUUCUGUUAGCAAUCUUCAUUAGAAACCUAGAGACUCCGAUAGUCAAAGCCAACAACCAGGACCUCUCCUACAUCCUCCUCGUCUCCCUCCUGCUUUCCUUUUUGUCUUCCUUCCUGUUCAUUGGCCAGCCAAGGAAAACCACCUGCCUUCUCCGACAAACUGCCUUCAGCAUCAUCUUCUCAGCUGCUGUCUCUUCUGUCUUGGCAAAAACCAUCACUGUGGUGUUGGCCUUCUUGGCCUCAAAGCCAAGGAACAGGGUGAGGAGAUGGCUGGGGAAGAGUCUGACCAACACCAUUGUCAUUUUCUGUUCCAGUGUGCAAAUUGUCAUCUGCACCAUCUGGCUGGUAAUUUCUCCCCCAUUCCCAGAUGCUGACAUGCACUCCCAGCCUGGAGCGAUUGUUCUGCAAUGCAACGAAGGAUCUGUCACCAUGUUUUAUAGUGCCCUAGGCUACAUGGGCUUCCUGGCUGCCAUCUGCUUCAUGGUGGCUUUCCUAGCCAGGAAGCUUCCUGGAGCCUUCAAUGAAGCCAAGCUGAUCACCUUCAGCAUGCUGGUCUUCUGCAGUGUUUGGGUCUCCUUUGUGCCCACCUACCUGAGCACAAAGGGGAAAUACAUGGUAGCCGUGCAGGUCUUCUCUAUCUUGGCCUCCAGUGCUGGGCUCCUGGGCUGCAUCUUCAUGCCCAAGUGCUACAUUAUUGUACUCAGGCCUGAUCUGAAUACAAAGGAGUAUGUGACAACAAAAACUAAAGAUGGCAUCUGA